UGUUUAAUAUAGCUGGGGCUGUGCAAUCUGCCUUAAGUUGUUAGCUUUGUUUUCCUCUUGAGAAAUAAAAAGGGGCCCUCCCUUUUCAGAGCCCUAUGGCGCAAUAUCUGUACUUUUUCAUAUGGCGACCUGUCCAUUGCAGGAACGUCUGUGAGCCUCUGUUGCAGCCACAACAUGGACAGCUCAGUCAAAUGCCCCGCAAGUCUUCCUCUGACUGACUCCAGCUAUUAGCCAAGGUUGUGCACCCAGGCAGGACCUGUGCACUCUGAGCUGCUUUCUCCUUCAAGACGUCCUCAACUUCCCAGGUUGAACUGCAGCGGAAGUCUUUAGAAAGGUCAGCAGGCAGGCUCUCGAGGUCCUCACCUGAAGUGAGCUUGCCAGCCACUGCAGGAACGCCCCGGGACGGGGAAUGCCCAUUUGUGCAACAAACCCUGACUCCUUCCUCACCCUGACUUCUCCCCCUCCCCAUCCGCGCGCAGGCCAAGUUGCUGAAUCAGUGGAGCCCUCCCCAACCCGGGCGUUCCCCAGCGAGGCUUCCUUCCCAUCCUCCUGACCACGGGGGCUUUUCGUGAGCUCGUCUCUGAUCUCGCGCAAGAGUGACACACAGGUGUUCAAAGACGCUUCUGGGGAGUGAGGGAAGCGGUUUACGAGUGACUUGGCUGGAGCGCCAGGGGCGGGCACUGGCACGGAACACACCCUGAGGCCAGCCCUGGCUGCCCAGGCGGAGCUGCCGCUUCUCCCGCGGUUGGUGGACCCGCUCAGCGCGGAAUUGGGGAGGCUCUUUCACUUCGGAGGAUUGCUCAACAACCAUGCUGGGCACCUGGACCCUCCUACCUCUGGUUCUUACCUCUGUUGUUAGAUUAUUGUCCAAAUGUGUUAAUGCCCAAGUGACUGAUAUCAACUCCAAGGGAUUUGAAUUGAGGAAGAUCGUUACUACAAUUGAGACUCAGAACUUGGAAGGCCUGCAUCAUGACGGCCAAUUCUGCCGUAACCCCUGUCCUCCAGGCGAAAGGAAAGCUAGGGACUGCACAGUCAAUGAGGAUGAACCAGACUGCGUGCCCUGCCAAGAAGGGAAGGAGUACACAGACAAAGGCCAUUUUUCUUCCAAAUGCAGAAGAUGUAGAUUGUGUGAUGAAGGACAUGGCUUAGAAGUGGAAAUAAACUGCACCCGGACCCAGAAUACCAAGUGCAGAUGUAAACCAAACUUUUUUUGUAACUCUGCUGUAUGUGAACACUGUGACCCUUGCACCAAGUGUAAACAUGGAAUCAUCGAGGAAUGCACACUCACCAGCAACACCAAGUGCAAAGAGGAAGUGGUGAUAAAGAAAGCAUGCAGAAAGCACAGAAAGGAAAACCAAGGUCCUCAUGAAUCUACAACCUUAAAUCCUGAAACAGCAAUAAAUUUAUCUGAUGUUGACUUGAGUAAAUAUAUCACCACUAUCGCUGGAGGCAUGACACUAAGUCAAGUUAGAGACUUUGUUCGAAAGAAUGGUGUCAGUGAAGCCAAAAUAGAUGAGAUCAAGAAUGACAAUGUCCAAGACACAGCAGAACAAAAAGUUCAACUGCUUCGUAAUUGGUAUCAACUUCAUGGAAAGAAAGAUGCAUGUGACACAUUGAUUAAAGGUCUAAAAACAGCCGAUCUUUGUACUCUUGCAGAGAAAAUUCACGCUGUCAUCCUCAAGGACAUUACUAGUGACACAGAAAAUUCGAACUUCGGAAAUGAAGUCCAAAACUUGGUCUAGAGCAAAAAACAACAAAUUCAGUUCUGAGUAUAUGCAAUUAGUGUUUGAAAAGAUUCUUAAUAGCUGGCUGUAAAUACUGCUUGGUUUCUUACUGGGUACAUUUUAUCAUUUAUUAGCUCUGAAGAGCCAACAUAUUUAUAGAUUUUUAAUAUCUCAUGAUUAUGCCUCCAAGGAUAUUUAAAAUCUAGUUGGGAAGACAAAUGUCAUCAAGAGUAAAUGCAGUGGCAUGCUAACUACCUAAAUAGGAGUAUAUGCAGAGGACGAAAGAUUAAGAUUAUCUUCUGGUAUCUAACAUAUGAUUCUGCAGUAUGAAUGUAAUCAGUGUAUAUUAGUACAAAUGUCUAUCCACAGGCUAACCCCAUUCCAUGAAUCAACAGAAGCAGCUAUGACCUUCUGUUGGAAUGUCAGUUACUGAACAGGCCACUUUGCCUCUAAAUUACCUCUGAUCAUUCUAGAGAUUUUACCAUAUUUCUAAACUUUGUUUACAACUCUGAGAGGAUCAUAUUUAUGUAAAGUAUAUGUAUUCAAAUGAAGAAUUUAAAUAAGGCUCUACCUCAAAGAAUUUUGCACAGAUUAAUUGUAUCAUAGAAUACAAUAUUUCAAUUGUGAAUUCACAUAGAAAACAUUAAAUUAUAAUGUUUUACUAUUAUGUAUGUGUAUGUCUUUUACCGGCUCAAAACCACCUACUUCUUUCUCAGGUGUCAAAAGCAUUUUGAGCAGGAGAGUAUUGCUAGAGCUUUGCCACCUCUCCAUUUUCUCCUUGGUGCUCAUCUUAAUGGCCCAAUGUACCUCCAAACAUGGAAGUAUCAUCAAAAAAUUACUUAAUCCACCAAAAGGCAAGACUACCCUUAGAAAUUCUAGCCUGGUUUGGAGAUACUAACUGCUCUCAGAGAAAGUAGCUUUGUGACAUGUCAUGAACCCAUGUCUGCAAUCAAAGAUGAUAAAGCAGAUUCUUAUUUUUCCCCCACUCCCCAAAAUGUUCAAUAAUGUCCUAUGUAAAACUUGCUACAAAUGGCAGCUUAUACAUAGCAAUGGUAAAAUCAUUAUCUGGAUUUAGGAAUUGCUCUUGUCAUGCCCUGUAGGUUCUUAGAUUUAAAAGCCUUCUCAUUGCUGCUGCUAUCCUACAUUUAAAUACCUUUGAAAGUUUGUAUUAAAUGUGAAUUUUAAGAAAUAAUAUUUAUAUUUCUAUAAAUGUAAACUGUGAAGAGAGUUAAAAACUGAAGCAGAUGCCUAGAACCACCUAAAGAACUUCCAUUUAUAGAGGAUUUUUUGCCCCUUGUGUUUGGAAUUAUAAAAUAUAGGUAAAAUU